AAGUGUUAAAGGAUGACGUGUUUAUUAUUUUUUAAAUAAAUAAAAAUAUGUUAUUAAUAUUAUUACUUACAAUCAAUUAAAAUCGAAUCUCACUAACACUGACCUUCAGACGCACGGAUAAGUUGCUACAGCUGUACAGUGAUAUACAAAUGUUGUGCGAGCCUGCCAUCUAUUGGUAAUAUAGGAUAAGGCCUUUGCGGUAAUAAAAUCAACAGGUUGCACCUGCCUGUUCCACAAUACUGAUAUCGAAUACAGAUGAAACAUAGAGUUUUAGUAAGACGCUAGAAUUCGCGAUUUGCAUUUUGUAUAUAUGGCAUAAUUUUAAAUAAGAGAAGGAAGAGAAAAAUACACGUUCAUCUUCUGCAAAUCAAAAAUAAUGUAGAUUUAAGAAACGUAAAUGAAACUAAUCAGCAUAAACGCCUAAUAGCCUUGUUUCAGAAAACAAUUACACCAGACAAGAGAACCCUGCUCGUACAACAAAACAGCGUCAUCAUGACGCGCUGUCGCUUUAACAUCUGAGCCGAUUUAAGUAGGGCCAACAUGUUACAGUUCUCCUCCCCUUAAUGGAUUAUUCACAAGUUCAGUCCCCCAAGACUUCUGGAUGAACCGUUUGACAACAGGCCAUAGACUUCAUCCAAAGAGGACGCAUUGGUUUUGCGCUUACUGUUUUGUUGGUUUGUGUUUAGUUAAGGAACAUAACAGGUGAAAUAUAGGCUACUGUGAGUGUAUAGGCAAGAUCAGUAUAGCCAAUGGGUACGUUCAAAUACGACUAGCAAGACUAGUAAAACGAAAUGCUUGGCUGGUUUUCUUUAGAUAGCAGCUACGCGGUGAAUGGAGGGAACAGUUUGUUAAAAUGCCUUAUAAUGAAUAAUUAUAGAUCGAGAGAAUAUAUUUCUUAGAUAUAGGUCGAUACAUUUAUGGUCUGGUGAUUCAAACAAAGAGGGAUGGACAGAACAAAGUAAUACGCGUUCUGUGGCGUGGACUUCUGCGAGCUGGCGCUUAAUGGUGCGCUAAUAGUCAUUUGUUUGGAGGCGCUGCAUCAUCAUGGUGGUCGAGAGGACACUUCUCGCAGCGAGGCAAGGGGAUGUGCAAACUCUGAAAGUACAGUUAGCGGAGAAAGUGCUCAACAGCGAUGUAAAAGAUGUGCUGGGAGCGACUCCCGUACACCACGCCGCGCGAGCGGGGAAGCUCACCUGUCUACGUUAUUUGGUUGAGGAAGCGGGUUUACCGGCGAGCAGCCUGGCGAGAAACGGCGCAAGUCCUGCGCAUGACGCCGCAGCCACGGGAAACCUGAGCUGCCUUCAGUGGCUCGUGACGCACGGAGGAUGUCGAGCGGCCGAUAAGGACAGCUCAGGGGCCACUGUCCUGCACCUGGCUUCUCGCUUCAGCCAUCAUGAGAUCAUUGAUUGGCUGCUGAAAAGUGGGGAAGGGGAUCCUACUGUUGCCACGGAUACGGGGGCGUUGCCUGUUCAUUAUGCUGCAGCUAAAGGGGACUUACCCUCGCUCAGGCUGCUGUUGGAACACAGCCCACAAGUUGUCAAUUUCCAAACUAAGAAUGGUGCCACACCACUAUACCUUGCAUGUCAGGAGGGCCACCUGGAAGUCGUCCAGUACUUAGUGAAGGACUGCGGGGCGGAGCCAAGUAUCAGAGCCAAUGAUGGGAUGACACCGUUGCACGCUGCUGCCCAGAUGGGACACAACACUGUCAUUGUCUGGCUGAUGAGUUUUACAGACAUCAGCCUGUCUGACAGAGACAAUGAUGGGGCCACUGCCAUGCACUUUGCUGCCAGCCGCGGCCAUGCCAAGGUUCUGAGCUGGCUGCUGCUUCACGGCGGGGAGAUAGUGAUGGACAGCUGGGGUGGGACACCUCUUCAUGACGCAGCCGAGAAUGGAGAGCUGGAGUGCUGUCAGAUUCUGGUAGUGAACGGAGUGGACAUGGGGAUACGGGACCAGGAUGGAUUCUCAGCAGCAGACCUGGCUGAAUACAACGGGCAUCAGCAGUGUGCCAAGUACCUCCGCACUGUUGAAAACAUGCUUUCGUCUCAGAGUGUGGAGCACCGAUUCUUGUCCCGGGACCCUUCGGCAGAUCUGGCGUAUAAGCAGCCCGACUCAGGCCUCUCCUCUCCGAAUGCCACCCUGCCCACCCCAGCCCCCAAUGUGGCCCAUUUCGACAUCUGCUCACCCUCCAGCUCACUGUCCAAUUAUGAUUCAGCAAACUCCAGCCAAUCCGGUACUGGAGAGAAGAGGAGUGGCACGCCUCCUUCACGAGUACUGACAGGAAGUGAAGAUUCGGCCAUUACAGACAUGCAGGCCUAUAUGGACAUGCUGAACCCUGAUGUAGCAGACAGUUCCCAGAACACAAAGGAACAUCCUCCACACCUGCCGCCCCCUCCAACAUUUCCCCCUCCCCCUCCUCCAUCAAACUCCUCCCACAUCCCCCCUCCCCCACCUGCCUACCCCCCACCUAAACCACCGGAGGAUGAGGAGUCCUCUGAGUACAUGAAGGUGAAAAGGAACCUUCGCCGAGUGGACAAUGAUGUAGUCAAAAAAGAGCAGCUGAAUCCUGGCGAGGGCCACGAAAGGCUUCGAAGAGUCGACUCUAAUCGAAAGUCCCGUAGCUUCAGCAAGCAGCCCAGCACUGGGGAUUACUACAAAUCCCUGGGUAGCGAUACCGCAGACCAGCACCCCAACAGAGCCAUGGCACCCAACGAGGAGGGUUCUGCACUGUUGGAGGAAGCAGCAGACACAGCGCCUGCUCCUGAGAACGGGACGGAAAACACAGAGGAUCUACCCCUUCCUCCUCCACCCCCUCCCCCACCCGCCAGCACCUUCAUCCCGACUCCACCUCCUCCUCCACCUCUUCCAUCAGAGCUGCCCCCUCCUCCUCCACCCAGCACCACCGCACCGGCCCCUGCCCAGCGCCGCAUGUCUUCCUCCUCCAGCAAAGGGGAUCUCUCCUCCACUCAUCUGUCUCCCUCUGUCGCCCCUGCUCCAGAAACACUCCGGCAGAGGAAGAGCAAUAAAUCCUUCAACAUGAUGUCCCCCACUGGAGAUAAUUCUGAGCUUUUGGCCGAAAUUAAAGCUGGGCCAAAACUGAAGCCAACACCUCAGAGUAAAGGCUACACGACCGUCUUCUCUAACAGCGGCACAGCGGGGAACAAUGAGGAACGUCCAUCAUCGCCGCCAGAACCUCUGUCAAAACCCCAGCCCAACAACACCCAAUCUGCAAAGCCAGAGUCUCCACCGCCUGCUUGCCCACCCACUCCACCCACUCCACCUACUCCACCCGCUCCACCCGCUCCCACGACCAGCGGAGGGUCACCCCAGAACCUGUCCACCUCACAGAGCAACGAGAAGCUCACAACUGCUGUCAACGGAAAUACUCCUGCUGUCCAGAGCAAGUCCAGCGUGGUGGACGUAGAGAGUCUGGUGCCCACACAUGACGAGCAGGGCCGGGCCAUCCCAGAGUGGAAGAGACAGGUGAUGGUGAGGAAACUACAAGUGAAGAUGCAGGAAGAGGAAGAGAACAAGAGAAAGGCUGAAGAAGAGGCAGCCCGUUUGGCUUCGUUGCCUGCCUGGAGGAGAGAUAUCAUGAAGAAAAAGAUGGAAGAAGAGAAUGAUAAAACGGAACAGAAAAGAAAAGAGGAGGAACAGCGGCGAAUGGAAAAGGAGAGCGAGGAGAAGUCGGAACUGGAGCGACUACGAACGCUGGGUUAUGAUGAAACCAAGCUGGCACCGUGGCAGCGGCAGAUUAUUUUAAAGAAAGGCGACAUAGCGAAACAGUAGUAAACUCCCAGUCAUCCCCUUCCCUCUCGUAUAAAUGUAGGACACUGUUCAGAAUCUGCCAGACCCUUUAGACAAACCACGCCUGGGUCACCAGACAGCGUUCUGCUCCAUGACCACUCCAGCAUCGCUUCGUCUGAGUCUCAUGUUAUUGAGCUCUGAAGAUGCACUGUACCGUUAAAGAGUAAAAAAUGAAUCAAACUAAUGUUUUUACUGUGGUCAGGUCUUACGCCUAAGAUUGUUAGUCAAUUGUUUCAUUUUCAAACAUUUUCAGCGUUCCCCACCUGAUCCAUUAGCCUGUUUUACAUCUCAUUUUAAAUCUCUAGUAAUAUUUUCAAUUAUAAAUAGAGAAUAUAUGUCAAGGAAAUCACUUGUACUCUGCUUGAAAGCUUUUUUUAAAUUUACUUUAUGUAAUCUGUUAAGUAAGAUAGUCCUAACAGGUGUUAUGGCACAAUGUAUUCUUACAUAAAGUAAGUGAUGCUUUGUGUUAUGGUGCAUCUAUGUUUCUUACAUAAAAAUGCAAUUUGGAAAUGAUACAUUAUGUAUGUAGAAACAAAUGUAAAAAAAGAAGCAUUUUACCAGUAGUCUCUUUGCACUGUACAUAUACGUUUCACCAAAACGUGGCGUCAGAGAUCACAACUUAUGAUUGGCCAUAGAUAACAAAGCUCAGAAUGUAUUUCAGACCUACAUAACAACCACUAAUGAAAACAGAUUAUGAAAUUAUAGUGAAACCCAUAAGAGCACAAGAGAAGCCAAUGUCUUAAAUAUUCUAUUGCAUCUGAUGGUCUAAGUAAAAAAAUCCCUGUGACCCUUUGUACUGAGAUUUACACAGGACAUUGGCGGGGGAAAUGAUGUCGAUUAAAAUGUCAUGAAAUCAUGACAGUGUAUUCAGCCAUGCUGCGCUCCCCAAUAAUGAAGCUGUCUUUCCCUUCUCUGCUUGGCAACUGUAGCUAGUUCUUUAUUGUUAAUGUAUUAGAUUAACUAGACAUCAGAAAAGUGCCGGAUGUGAAACUGUAUGUGUGUGUGUCUGCAUGUGUGAGAAAGUAUAUGUGUGUGCAUAUUUACACAUGCAUAUAAGUGUAAUAUGUCUAUCCUGUGUCAGUCACUGUGCGAUGGGUAGAGUUGAUGUAUUUUUUUUUCUUUACAACUUUAUAAGUGUAUAAGUGAUAAGCAUGGUCCUCCUUGAGUUUGGGAACAUUCUGCUUUCGUUUAUCAGAUGCCAUAAUGAUGCUGAAAACAAAGAUGUGAACGUCAUUGCCAUUAGAACAUUUUCUAUUCAUAAUUGCUCCAUUUAGAAAUACUUAUAAACUCUAAUGGGCCACUAAUAUCAUGGUCAGUUACGUGUUGUUGUUUUUUUUCUGUUUUCAGCCUGGCUUUCAUAGGCAGACUAUUGUAAACUUUCAUUUGCCCAAUUGCAACAGUAAUGUAAUAAAAAUCCAAACAACAA